UGUGUAUGGUGAAGGCGUGUUAACAGUACGCCAGUGCCAGAACUGGUUUGCAAAGUUUCGAUCCGGCAAUUUUGAUGUCGAAGAUGCACCACGGUCUGGAAGGCCGGUCGAAGCUGACAAAGAUGCGAUGAAGGCAUUAAUUGAUGCAAAUCGGCGAAUAACCACACGAGAGAUCGGUAAGAGGUUAAAUUUGUCGAAUUCGACUGUUUAUGGCCCCUUGAAAAGCCUGGGCUUAACCUCGAAGCUCGAUGUGUGGGUGCCCCAUGUUCUUACGGAGCGAAAUUUGUGUCGUCGCGUUGACGUGUGUGAUUCGCUCCUCAAACGUCAGGAAAAUGAUCCAUUUUUGAAGCGGAUUAUUACUGGGGACGAAAAAUGGGUCGUAUACAACAAUGUGAAACGCAAGAGGUCAUGGAGCAGAAAAGAUGAACCGGCUCAAAUCGUUUCAAAAGCCAACAUUCACCAAAAAAAGGUGAUGCUGUCCGUUUGGUGGGAUUUCAAAGGAACUUUUUUUUUUUUUUUUUUUUUUUUUUUUUUUUUUUUUUUUUUUAAGCUUUUACCGGACAAUACAACUAUUAAUUCAGAAGUCUAUUGUCAUCAGCUGGACAAAUUGAAUGAUGCACUUAAACAGAAGAGGCCAGAAUUAACCAACAGGAAGGGUGUAGUGUUCCACCAGGAUAAUGCGAGACCUCAUACAAGUUUGGUCACUCGCCAAAAGCUUUUACAGCUUGAAUGGGACAUACUGCAACACCCACCAUAUUCCCCAGAUCUGGCACCUUCCGAUUAUUAUUUGUUCCGGUCCCUUCAAAAUUUUUUGGAUGGUAAAACCUUUACCUCAAAUGAAGAUGUAAAAAACCACCUGAAUCAGUUUUUAGCCAGCAAGGACCAAAACUUUUAUGAACGGGGAAUCAUGUUACUGCCAGAAAGAUGGCAAAGGGUGUUGGACCAGAAUGGCCAAUAUAUAAUUUAAUAAAAUAUUUAUUCAUUAUACGAAAAUUGUCUUUCAUGUCCCCCCAAAAAAAACGAAAUUACUUUUCGAACA